GCCGUAGCGCUCGGAGGAGCGGCGCCGUUCGGCUCCCUUCGGCGCCGUUCGGCUCCCCUCGGUUCCCUUCGGCCCUUCCCGUCUUCCCUCGGUCCCGCUCGGCCCAUCCCGGCCCGGGCGAUGGCGGCGGGUCGCCGCUGGCCGCCCGGUCCCUGCUGCCCGUCGCGGGUGGCGGUGCCCAGCGUGCACCAGAGCCUGCCCGAGAUGGACUUCGAGCGGGGGAUCUGGUCGGCGGCGCGGGAUGGGGACGAGCCCCGGGUGCUGCAGCUGCUGGAGCGGCGGGGGGAGCCCAGCCAGCCCGACCUGGCGGGGUACACGGCCCUGCACUACGCCAGCCGCAACGGGCACCUGGGGGUCUGCCGGCUGCUGCUGCAGCGGGGCGCCCGCUGCGACGCCCGCACGCCCGGGGGUGCCACCCCCCUGCACCGCGCCAGCUACUGCGGCCACCUCGCCGUCGCCCGGCUCUUGCUGGCCCACGGCGCCGACCCGGCUGCCACCGACGAGGACGGCCGUACCAGCCUGCACAAGGCGGCUGAGCAAGGCCACCGGGAGCUCUGCGCCCUGUUCCUGCGGCACAGCCCGGCGUUGGCCGGCAUCCGCGACGCCAAGGGUCGGCGACCCCGCGACUGGGCCGACCCGGCGGUGCGGGACCUGUUGGAUACCUGAGGGGACACGGCGGAGCCGGGAGAGUCGGAGCUACCGUGCCGCGGGAGACACGGUGCCACCGGACCCCGGUCGCCGAUGGAUAAA